UGUCGUUAGAAAUCUGUUAUGCGGAGGCUGGAGAUUGAUCAUACUAAAAACAUAACAUUAUCAUCAUCAGUUACCCAAGUCAAGUUACCUAUUAAGGAGCGUUUUGUUUGUUCCAGUAGUUUUGAUGAUCUAGUAUGCCUCUUGCAUCACUGGGAUGUGCCGAUCCUGGCCCCUAAUUUUUUAAGAGAGGAUGUCCUUCUGGUGUAUUGCGAUCAAUCCAACUACUAUAUGGCAUUGAACUCUCCCCCAUCCAAAUUUCAACAAGUUUGGCUAUAUAACUCUCAAGAGUUUGACGAUGUUACAACUACAUGUGAAGUUUUCGAUUUUAGCACCAACGCUUGGAGUUUCAUGUUCUCACUCCCAUUUCAUUUUCUUCACCAAAACAAGAGGUCUAAUCCAGUGAUAUGUGUACCUGCACAAGUUGAGGGCAUUUUCUUUCUCCAUAUAUCCAGCACUAAAUUGUUUAUGGCUUAAAAUCUCAUGACCGGCCCUGAAUAGGCAAAUAACAUUUCAGAUGUAUGUAUCAAAACAUACAGA